CGUGUAAUAAAUUUGUUACAAAAUUUGAUCAAAUAUUGGAAUAAAAAGGUGCCCAACAAAAAAAAAUGUUUGGUCACGCCAUCAGAACCUAACCAAAUUUAUAAAACAAAUAAUAUUCCCAAUUUAAAGCCCUAAAUUGCAAAUUUAGGUUUCUAACCAAUCACCAUCCUUCUCUCCCUAAAACACUCACCGCCAUGAGGAAAAACGCUAAAGCAGCGUCCACACCCGCCAUUCACUUACCAGCAACCCCCUCAGAUUUCUCCUUCACUCUAACUAGAACAGCUGUUUCACAAAUUUGCCGGUCCAUAGGGUUCAAGACCACCCAGUUCUCUGCUCUCGAAACCCUAACCCUAAUCGCCUCCAAGUACCUGCAAACACUAGCCAAAUGGGCCUCAUCGUGCUCACAUGCGUCUGCCCGCACUGAAUCUAACCUUCAAGACAUCGUCAACGCGCUCCACGAUAUCUCUUCCCUACGAGGCUUCUCUGGCGCGUCGGAUCUCCAACACUGCCCGCUCCGAUCCACCCUUCUCAAAAACCUCUCCAGUUUCGUAACUUCCACCGCAGAAAUUCCUUUCGCCCAGCCAAUUCCAAGAGCGGAAGAGCCGGAUAUUCCGAUUGGGCCAGCGACCGCGAAUGUAGUGGACAACAAGAGGGGUGCCCAUAUCCCGAGCUGGCUACCGGCAUUUCCUUUUCCGGCCGGGGGAACGUGCAAUGGCAGUGACGAUUUGGCGGAGGAGAAGGCGGGCUUGGUUUUGCAGAGUGGUGGUGUUGGGGGUAUUUUGCCCAAGGACAGGGAGAGAGUGAGGUUUGAAGUGAGAAGGUUGGGCGUGCAAAACGGUGCGUAUAGGGGUAGGAAGAGAGUACUGCGGCCCGAUCGAUGUAGUACUUCUGGUGUGAACGGGGGAAGUAUCAUCCAACCAGAGGAGAAGAAAAAGAAAAGGAAUAAGUCUGUGCCUAAACGACUGCGUUUUUAAUUUAAUUUUAAUAUUCAAUUUCUUUGGGUUGGUUUUGGAAUAGAGGGAUUUGAACCCGCGAGCUUAUUGUGAAAAAGGAGGAGGCUAUGGGUGACCAUCAGAGCGUUUUGCUCUAGUAAUUACUGAGAGACUACGAGACUCGUAUUAUAAAAAUUCUGCUUGCUAAUUUUGUAACAAAGAAAUCUAACAUUUUGCUUUAUGAUUAA